AUGCGGUUGUCCAACGGUAACGAAGGAACUACCGACUCCAUGGUCGAAAUGUUCAACGAACACUUUUUGGACGAGGACGGCACCAAAUUCAUAUUGAACCCCGCUGAGUUGGACGACCUACUGGGGCGCGAUCAGUAUGCCGCUGACUGUUCACCGAUCGUGGUGUCCGCGCAACAGCAACACCACCAUCACGGUCAUCAUCAUCACCACCACCAGCAGCAGCAGCAACAGCCCAACAGCGUAGCCGAUCAGCCCAACACCAAGCCGACCGCAAAUUUCGCCGACCUCAAGCCGCUAAUGCCGUUCCACACGAUCACCGAGCGCGUCAACAUCAACGGCAUACCCGGUCACCACUACCAGUCGAUCGCGUCCAACAAUCGGGUGGCCGAGAACAACAACAACAAUUCGGCCACGGCCAACAACAACAACAAUAACAACAACAUGUACUUCCACAACGAAUACCUCGUUACGUCGUCCACCAACACAGCGGGGCUGAUCUGUAAAUUCAAAGAAGAAGACACGUUCGUCGACAACCAAUUCGACGAGUUCGAAAUGCUGAUGGGCAGCCCGUCGUUCGGGCCGGACACCACGGUGUCGGCCAGCGGCGAACAUCACCCGACCGUGGUGGACGGCGGACCCGAAGAGUGGCUGGGCGUCGGCGACGAAUGGCCGUCGUACGAACACCCCAACGGUUCGCCGGAAGACAACAAGACCGGCAUACUGGCCGACGUCACCAUACAAGACUUGGUGGCCAGCUCACAGUUUCCCGGCAUAUCGAAUGGCGGCGGCGGCGGCGGCGGCGGUACCGGUGGCGGCAACGGUGGCGGCAAUGCCGGCGGUGGUAGUUAUCACCAACAACCGCCACCCAUGCAAAAACCGUCAAUGUAUCAACAGCCGCAACCACGCGAAUUGGUCACGUCCAACGUGCCUCCACCCGCGCCGCGUCCGGCGGCCGCUGCGUUCAUGCCGCUACUCGCCAACAGGCUGCAGAACGGGCCGGCCAACAAGGCGCCGCUCCAGGACGCCGGUAGCUAUCACAUGGACUGCGCGUCGUCACCGUCGUCGUCCACCCCGUCGUACCUGGCGCACAGCCCAACUAGUCACGUGGUUAGCACCACCGACCUCGGAGGGUACAACAUGCCGUCCGUGCACAGUUCGCGGCCGUCGCCGCCGGAGUUCGCGCACACCACCACGCCCGGUCAGGGACCGCACAUGACCACGAAAAAAUCGCGGAACAGGAGCGGCAAGGCCAAAGGUGGCGGCGGCGGCGGCGGCGGAGGCGCAGGCGGAGUUGGCGGCGCGACCGCCAGGAAUACCGUGGUGUACUGUUCCGACGGCAACGUGGCCAGGGAGAGGACCGUGCACAACUGUCACAUAUGCAACCGCGGCUUUUUGAACAAGAGCAACAUCAAAGUGCACCUGCGCACCCACACGGGCGAGAAGCCGUUCCGGUGCGAAGUGUGCCAGAAGGCGUUCCGGCAGAAAGCCCAUCUCAUCAAACACGCCCAGAUACACAAAAGGAGCGGCAGGGACUGA